AAGGAUCAGUGUAAUGUCCUGCUGAACCACCAGGGGGCCCUAGAGACAAGGAUCAGUAAUGUCCUGCUGAACCACCAGGGGGCCCUAGAGACAAGGAUCAGUGUAAUAUCCUGCUGAACCACCAGGGGGCCCUAGAGACAAGGAUCAGUGUAAUGUCCUGCUGAACCACCAGGGGGCCCUAGCGACAAGGAUCAGUAAUGUCCUGCUGAACCACCAGGGGGCCCUAGAGACAAGGAUCAGUAAUGUCCUGCUGAACCACCAGGGGGCCCUAGAGACAAGGAUCAGUGUAAUGUCCUGCUGAACCACCAGGAGGCCCUAGAGACAGGGAUAAGUGUCCUACAUAGGGUUGCAAAAUUGCUGAAUAUUUUAAUAAAUUCCCUCGUUUUCCCAAAAUCCCUGGUGGAGGAUUCCCUGAAUCAGGAAGGUAUAGCAGGAAACAUAUAUUUUGUAUGCAUUCUUCAUAUCUUAAAUAAAUCCUAUAAAGCCAAGAGUCAAAAUAUUAUGUCAUUACAAAUACAACCUGUGAUCCAACUGGAAACAUAAAGAACAAGAUCAUAUCAGAGAUGUUAUAUUGACUUCGCAGCUCGAUUAGAAUGGUUUAACAAUGGUCUCUUGACUGACUCUCACACCUAUUUUGGUUUGGUGUCAGUUUGUCCUCAAGAGGGCGACUCACUACUAGAGACCUAUAGGUAGGAUGUGUCAUGGGCUGGGCUGCUCAAAACUAAAGGAAACGGUAGCGCUCUGCCACAAGGCUUCAUUAUUUUACAGUCGGCUGGCUGCGCCUGGAGUGUCUGAAAAUGGACUCAUCAAAAGUAAGACAAUAUAGUUUGGAAAGGAAAACUUAGUAUGUUGCUAUUUUUAUCUGUAAACGUCCCUGAAAAAGUUUGUUGAUACAGUUAAGUAGGCUACAUUGUAUCCGUUUCAUAUUUGAUUUACAGCAACAUGGAAGUGCGAAAUUGACUCGAUCAAAGUAUCGGAAAAAGUAAUUUACAUGAUGAAAUGCAAGAACAUGUGAUGUAAUAGACAUUAUUGUAGGCCUAUGAACUACAUAUUCUAAUUUUGCUAUGAAUUCAUAACGCAGUAAUAUCAUAUUAAUUCAUAGCUAGCACUUGACACGUCAUUCGAAGGAGUGAAGAAAGCGGAAAUCGUUUAUAAUUAACUUUGUGACGUUAACUGGUAAACUGUUGAGAUUUCAAUCAAGAGAUGUUGUCAAGAGACAUAGUGUUCUCAACAAUGACUGUCUCAUCCAUUAAGUUUUAUUACACGCCUAGACCCUCAAUGUGGUCCUCAAUAGAAAAUACUUCAGUCAAGACAGACUGUGUGUGUGUGUGUAGGAGGUAGCUGCCUCUGGGAAGGAAAGGAAGCCAGCAGGGGAGGAGAGUGAAGAGCCGUCCAGCGAACUCCCCAGCCCCUCUUCUGGAAUGUUGACCCGGUCUGGAGAGAAGUGUCGUGAUCUGGAGACUGUGAUCUCUAGGCUGGAGGGGAACCUGGAGGUGCUGAAUGUGGGAAAGAGACCCUCCAUGUUGGAUGUUCUGCUGCUGACCACUCUGAAGGAGCUCACUGAAGAACAGCUGAAGACAUUUCAGUCUUGCCUGACUAGUUGCUGGAUGUUAGGCUUUCCUCUCAUCCCAGAGAAACAGCUGAAGAACUCUGACAGACAGGAGACAGUGGAUCAGAUGGUGAAGAGUUACGGCCCUGAGAGAGCUGUGAAGAUCACAUGGAGGAUCCUGAGGAGGAUGAAGCUGGAUGAUCUGGCAGAGCAGUUAGAGAGAGAUUACAGUGGAGGUAUUCCCACUGCCCCAUACCAGUCCUUUUUCCAACCCAGGCCCUUCUACGGCGCAAUACACCCCCUUCUCUCCAGCUCCCCCUCCUUCCUGUUGUCAUUAUCUUCUGCUGGUAGCUCAGGACACCUCAGUUCACAGAGACCCUCAAUUACAUAUCCUGUUCCAGCUCUGCUACUGACCAGUCUGGAGGAGCUCACUGAAGAACAGCUGAAGACAUUUCAGUCUCACCUGACUAGGGGCCAGCUGCCUGACUGUCCUCCCAUCCCAGAGAGACAGCUGGAGAACUCUGACAGACAGGACACAGUGGAUCAGAUGGUGAAGAGAUUCGAACAUGAGGGAGCUGUGAGGAACACACUAAUGAUCCUGAGGUUGAUGAAUCGAGUAGACCUAGCAGAGAAGUUAGAGAGGGAUCACACUAGAGCUCUGCUGCUGAACUCUCUGGAGGAGCUGAACAUAAACGAGCUGAAGACAUUUCAAAACUACCUGACUCGUGGCAAGCUGCUGGGCUUUCCUCCAAUCCCAAAGAGACAGCUGAGGAACACUGACAGACAGGUCACAGUGGAUCAGAUGAUGAAGAGUUACGGCCCUGAGAGAGCUGUGAAGGUCACACUGAGGAUCCUGAGGUGGAUGAAUGAGCAUGAUCUCACUGAGAAGUUACAGAGUGAUCACACAGAAACCGCCGGCCCUGAGGAAGCUGUGGAGAUCACACCGGAGAUCCUGAAGAAGAUGAACUGGGAUGAUCUGUCAGAGAAGUUCGAGAGAGAGUGGUUUCCAGAGAACUAUGAUCAGGAGGACAAUGGAACAUACCGGUUCCAGUGCCCCCGUGCAGGUCUGUUCCAGUGCAGUAUAACAGGCCUGGUGUUUAGGAUGGAGGGAGAGGGAGAGGUGCUCUAUAGUACAGUCUCCUGGAACAGGAGGCUUCUAGCCAAGAAUGACAAGAGACCUGCAGGACCCCUGUUCAAGUUUACAUGCCUUAAGGGGUCUGUCUGUCAACUACACCUCCCACACUGUGAGAUCUGCCCUGGUGGUGGAUGUGACUUCCUGUCCGUAGGCCAUGUGACUAAUGAUCAUAACAUUGAGUUCAUCCCUCCCCAUGAGAUAACAGAAACACACGUCAUAAUAAACAUCACUGGAUUCUGUGAUUAUGGCCUCACCAAGGAUAAGGAUGCUCCCAUGUCCCCUAUCAAUGGACUUGUGUUGUUGUUCUUCAAACCAUCAAAUGACCUAUAUGUCUUGUUGCUUCCCAAGAACGUUGUGUUGGAUGAGGUGGAAAAGAAGUGGAAGGAUCGGGGGGCAGUGUUGAAUUUAACACCUCCUGACUGUGAGCUAACCCCAAAUCAGACCUACAGCCUCUCUGGAGAUCCAGUACGCCGAAUACAGCCCGAGACAUCAAAGUUUGUUAAUUUUAAAGAGUAUGAAAACUACACCGCAGCAUUCGAGUUGAAGCUACAAGCUGAAUACAUUAACCUGACUGUGAUCAAAGCUGGUUUAUUGUCCAAACUUCUCAGUCUAUUUUGGAUUAGUAACUGCGUGUGGAAAUGCAUUGUUGAGUUUCAAGAUGUAAGACUGUUUUCUACAGCCACACCACAAGGUGGCGCCAAAAGUAACUGUCUAGAAACAAGAAGAUGUGUUUCUUUGCUGAACACUCUGGAAAAGCUGGACCAAAGCGACCUGAAGACAUUUCAGUUUCACCUGACUCAUGAUGUGGAUGGCCCCAUCUCAAGGAGCCAGCUGGAGGAUGCUGACAGGCUGGUCACAGUGGAUAGGAUGGUACAGAGCUACUGUGAUGAGGGAGCUGUGAAGAUCACACUGGAGGUCCUGAGGAAGAUGGACCAGAACAAGCUGGCUGAUGAGUUAGAGAAUAACUAGACAAGUGAAUGUCUGAAUGUGCAGCCUCAACACAACGUGACGAGUGAUUAAUGUAUUAUUAGAAGGGGAGAGGAAGGGAGUAACACUUAACUUCGGUGUCGUGUGCCAAAGGGUGCAAACAGUAUCUGGGAUAGCAGGCAGGGAUUGAGGGAUACGGGAGAAGAGCGUGUAAGAAUAUUCAAAGAUAAAUACACAGCUAGAGGUCUAGAGGAAAAUAACGAUCAAUAAAAAUAGUUGUUUUUCUGUAACAGGGAAUUAAUGAUCAAGGGGUCAGAGACACAGGAAUUUCAGUCCGGGACUCAUAGCUACAUGUGGCAAGUUCUCAUUGAUCCCAAUUGUCUAUUCAUUGAGCCUGAAACGGGAUACUUGCUAUUUGGCCAUUGACCCAAUUUUACUGCAAGGAAUUCUAAUUGGUCAACCACUGGCUAGAGUACAUCUGCCAUCUGCUGUUCAGCAUGACAACUAUGACUUGUUCUCUUUGAAUAAAUAUAUUUUUCUACCCCUGA